GUGUUUGCGGAGGCUUUUCGGUGAUUAACAUUGCCACUCCCGCGCUGGCGGCCGAGGUGCCCUCGCUCGGUGUCACCAAUGAUGCGCUUUUCCCGCAAGGGAAGGCGGAGCCGGGGCCGGCCGCCGGGGCCAUAAAUAAGAGGGUCCCAUGUCAGGGAAAUUUGGAGCCCGUGAGCGGCGGCAGCGCUCGGAGCAAACACCGCGGAGCGAGCAUGGCCCAGAGCGCAUCACCGAGCGGCCGGGACAGCGCCGGACAGCGCCCCGCCAUCCUUCCCCGGCCCGGAGCGGGACCCCGGCGGGCAGUGGGAGCCCCGGCAACCCCGGCAGCUCCGGAAGCUCCGGGGGAACCGGGGGAGCGCUGCGGCCGCUGCUGCUGGCGCUGCUGCUGCCCGCGGCCGUGUCCGGCUGUAGCUGCGCCCCCGCGCACCCGCAGCAGCUGCUCUGCGAUGCUGCCAUCGUGAUCCGAGCAAAAAUAAUCAGUGAAAAGGUGGUUCCUGCCAGCGACAACCCCCUCGACACCCACAAAAUGAUCCGGUAUGAAAUCAAACAAAUAAAGAUGUUUAAAGGGUUUGAAAAGCUCAAGGAUGUCCAGUACGUCUACACCCCUUUCGAUUCAUCGCUCUGUGGAGUGAAACUAGAAGCCAACAACAAAAAACAGUAUCUUCUAACAGGCCAAAUUUUAAGCGAUGGCAAAGUGCUCAUCCAUUUGUGCAACUACAUUGAGCCGUGGGAUGACCUGUCCCUGUCUCAGAAGAAGAGCCUGAACCAGAGGUACCAGAUGGGCUGUGGCUGCAAGAUCACCACGUGCUACAUGGUGCCCUGCUCCAUCAGUGCUCCCAACGAGUGCCUGUGGACRGACUGGCUGAUCGAGAGGAAGCUCUACGGCCACCAGGCCAAGCACUACGCCUGCAUCAAGAGGAGUGAUGGCACCUGCAGCUGGUACCGGGGGGGACCGCCCCCUGAGAAGGACUUCAUCGACAUCAGCGAGCCCUGAAGAGCUCCCUUCCCAAAAAAUCCAACCCUUGGGGCUCCUUCCAGCCGAGCCCGCGCGCUCCCGGCUCUGCACUGCCACCGCCCGCGCUUAGGAACAAACUGUCCCGAAAGGCCGAGCCUGUGGGGUCGACAAGGGGCUGCCAGCGCUCCCCGAGGUGUCACCAGCUCCCUUUUGCCAAUAUGAAUGUACAGGAACAAAAGAUUUUGCCAGAAUUUUGCCCCCCUCGCCCGCAGAUUAAGAGCUCCCCGCGGUGUUUUAUUCCAAAUCUUUCCGACGAACUGCGGAAUGUUUUAUAGAACUGGGGUUUUUGGGGUUUUUUUUUUUUCUGUAUGAAAGUCUUGGAUACRAAAGAAUUAUUGUACAGUGUAUAUGUAAAGUAUUAUAACAAUGUGCUAUUAAAAACAAAAAAAAAGAUUCACAAAUAUUUCCUUAUCUGUCAAAACGAGGCGAACACUUCUGUGAUUAAAACAAUCUGCGCUCYACGAUUUGUACGUUCCUUAUGUCACAGCUUCCUUUAUCCACUGAGUUGUCAUUUUCAUGGAUAACUAAAAUUAAAAGCAGCCUUGAUAAUCACACCCCCCUCUUCCCAAGUCAGCAUUCCCAUGRAUAGCAACACCUUGCUGAAGGAAAAAUCAGAUGUUUUUUUAAUACUUUAAUUCCGUUUUAGUGCUUCMGAUAUUCCAUGGGAGCAGCACAAAGGAUGUCAGGCUAAAAGUGCUCAGAAUUACAAAAAUCUUGCCCAUCCUCAUGGAACCUUCGGUAACACCUCCCUAGAUAUGUGUUACCAGGUCACUGCACCCCAGCAUUAUCAAAAGCCUUGGCUUAAAAACUCUGGUGAAAAUCUGUGCAACAGACAUUGAAUAAUUUGUACUGCAGCGAUUUCCGAAAGCUCUCGGAUGUCUGAUCCUGUUUAAUAUGAUUUAAUUGUGUUUCAUUCAUGAACACCCAUCAUGCUCUGCCCCAGUGAAUCUGGCUACCUGUGUGUUUAGAACACAUUUUGCCUGUUACUUUUUCAGUGCCUCACUUUCCUGAAUUGGUGACUGGAGUUAAUAACUAACCUCUCAUGGUUUUAAGGUUGCAAAAGUAAUUGAAAUCACAGAGGUGAAACCUGGGGAAACGUUUCAGUAAAUGCCAGAAUUCAGGCAGUUGUCCAGCUGCUCAUGUCCCAGGACUGGGGGAGAGCUCUCAGGCAGGAUGGGGAUCUUUAAGAGCUGUUAUUUCUGACAUAUUUGGCUCYCCCCAGUUUUCUCCAUUGGAUUUCUCUCACUGGCAGGAAUUCAGCUCUGCUCUCAUUUAGUGGGAUCAGYUCUAUUUAAAGGGUUGAACCCAACGUUUUCCAGGUUUUUGCCAACCCCAGGAGGGCACAUCCAGCCUGGGGCUCAGUCAAAGUCAGCACAUUGGGGUUUCCAAACCCUUUCUUCAUCGUGUUUGCUGUAGAGUCCUGAUAAAACCAUUGGGAUUUACCUGGCCAAUAACAUUUGCACAUCCCUGAUUCCCCUCAAUCCCAUGAGCAGCAGCUUGGACGUGGAAUUCAGUGUGUCCCAUGUACCUUGUGACACACCAGGAUGUGGCCAUUGGAUAGAUAAAUAGAUACCUGAAAGAAACUCCACUGCACAAAUUAUUUUUGGUGACAUAUUUUCACAUUUCUGAUGUUUCUUU